CUCACAUCCCCAAAGUCGCCUAUGUUGAGAGCACUCAAUUACAUGCGAGGAGCUGCUCUGCAUGUGUGGACGUGAGACCCUGCAUAAUUAGGUGUGGCUUGUAAGUCAGCCCUGUCAUCUUGUCCGUAUCCACGUAUUGUGGAUGCGAGGGCCAUGAACCUCAAACUUUCAGCCUUCAGCCCACAGCCUUGACCAAUUCCACACAAAAGCCACGGCCGGCCCGGAAGGGGUCGGCUCCCAGCUGCCUCAGUCCUAUCCCCUCAAAACAAGCGACACAUCCUCCUCUCACUGACUGCUCCCUCAGCAUGCACCGUCAUGAUCCCUAGCGGAGGCAGUCAUAGUCAUGCUUGACAUGUUGACCGCCGACGCCGCCAGUAAACACGGCCAUGAGUACUCGCCGCCGCGGCCCUCGCCGUCGAGCAAUGGCUCCUUCUUUACCCAGUCGCCGCUGUCUAUCUUGACGUCGAUCCUCCGCAAGCCUGCUGCCCCCGGCUCGCCCGUGAAGCCAGCCGCAAACACGCCCAAGUCGCCGGUCGAAGGCCCUUCUCCCACCAAGCACCAGGACACCCACCCCAUGACCGAACAACCCGAUGCACCUACACUCCCUACCCCCCUUUCCCGCCCAGCUUCGUCAAGCAGCAUAGCAUCGACCGAGGGGAAACCGAAGAAGCGCUCCCCCCGGCCCAAGACCACCUACAACCUCGCUCAGCCGCCACCCAUUACGGGCCCCCGCCAGAAGCUGCACCUUCGCCCAAAGGUCCUGCUCCAGCUGCACCAAGUAAUUGCGUCUCGUCGCCCGAAGCCAGUCUACGAAGUCAUUCCUUUUUCCCUCCUCGCUCCACGCUCCACGCGACGGCUUGCGCGAACCUUCAACACCAAGGAGAAACUAUGUCCGAAUGAUCUGUUGAUCGUGAAGGUGGAGGAAUAUGAUACUAAAGACGAGGACGAGAAGUCGGAUGACGAGCGCUGGGGGGCACGAGACGUCAUAGGCAUCAUCUGCCCAGGGAAGGACGACAAGGGCGGUUGCGUAAGGACCGAAGUGUGCAUGGAUGAUGGGUCAAGCUGGGAGGUGACUGGCCUGCCGAAUGGUGGCUAUGAGUUUUGCUAUACCGACGAGCAUGGCUUGCUUCUCAAACGACGCUGGGUGCCAAAGACUGUCCACUCCCGUCGCGUGUCAACAAUGUCGAGCUCCUCGCAGGCCUCGCCGAGUCUUCCAGUAGAAGAAAAGCGAUUCAAUUUUAGUACCAUCAGCGCAACCUCAAGGCGUCACCCCGUCAUCGCAAACCUGAACCGGGCCUGCAUUGAUGUCUUAGAUUCCUACAUGAUGCCCUCUGCAACCUCGCCUCCCACCCCUGGUUACCCCGGAUCGUCGGUUCCUACCCCUCUAGUCACGCCUUCGAGCUUUGACAACAGCUAUUUCACAACCAAUUCGGAGGACCGACUUCCAGUCAAGACGGAUGAUGCGCUCCGUAGCUUUAUUAUUGUGUCUGGAAUAUGGGUCGCAUUUUCUGAAAAUUGGUCCCCCGCAUAUACUUGGUCCAAGACAGCUUGCCCGUCGCCCUUGUCCACGGCGCCAUCUCCACGUCCUUCCGCACCAAGCCGCGCUAUGUCCAUGUCCCUAGUUGAUUCUCCUCGCUCUGCCUCUCCCGCAUCCACCAUUGACGAAAACCGCCGCACCUUCCCAAAGUUUUUCAGAACUGGCACCCAGAUCCUCCAUCGCCACGCUAGCUUCACCAAUUCUUCUUCCUCUACCCCAACUUCUACCAGAACCUCUCCUGUAUCCUCGCCGCUCAAGACACGAUCUCGUCGUUCCAACUCAACCGGUACCGCGGAGCUUACGCCCAAGACCGGAAGCGCACGCAAGCGUUUCGGACUCGCGCUCGAAGACCAAACGUUAGCGGAGACAGAAGAAGAACGACAAAGCAAGCGUAGCACGGAACUGCUCCGGAUCAAAGAACUCUCUCUUCCUUCUUCGCAAGCCAACUCCCCCGUGUCCACUCCUGGCCCUGUGCAAAUCCUCGAACCACCCCGCGAGCUCUUCCGCUCCCCAUCCCCAACGUCACCAAGUCUCAGACCUACCAAAACGCAAUCUGCAUACAACCCCAUCACGACGGCAGGGCUCUGGGACUCUGGUGUCGCGGAAGGUUCAGGAUUGAAGAGCAGACCCACCAGUCUCGUCGUCGUGAAUGAGAAAAAAGAGAGAGCGAAGAAGAAGCAGGAGCGAUCGAAGAGCAAAGAGAAGAACAAAGACCAAGAAAAAGAAAAAGAAAAAGAUCCACGACGCUUUAAACAACGGUUUCUCGACAUGUUCCGGCGGGAGAAAAGCCAGACAUGAAUGACUCGUCCCCACAUUACACUGUCACAUUUUUUCCUUUGAUCACUCUACAUAUCAUAUCAUAUCAUAUCGCAUAGCAGACAUGAGGUGACCCUUCCACAAAUCCUGGUCUAUCUGCUUGGUGUUGGAUGGAUUUUUUGGGGGCAUGGCGUAACAAAAAUUGGGUUUGGGUCGUGCGGGAGCGUGGUUGACGGCAUGGUAGACAUGCCUCCCUCCCCGUCUUUGGUCUUUGUCGUUAUCCUUUUAUCACAAUUGUUAUUGUUAUAGUUUCCUUUGGACACUGACACCACACUGAACUCCUCCCUCUUGGAUAUUUCUCUUAUUUGUGUUGUAUGUACGUAGUCUUUACUCUACUAUACCCCCGCUGCUAGAUAUGACUAUCCUGCUACUCUUAGCUAUACACCAUAUUGAUUGCAUCUUGA